AUGACGUCGAUGAGGCCGUCGUCCAACGACCGCCUCAGCCAGGACGCCCUCCCGCUCGCCUCGCCCUCGGGCGGCAAGGCGUCCGUCGCCUCGUGCAUCAUCAAUCUCGCCUCGACUUGCAUGGGCACGGGCAUCCUCGCGCUGCCGUCGGCGUACCACCUGGGCGGCUUUGCCUCCGGCACGCUGCUCUGCAUCGCUUCCGCCGGCCUCUGCUCCCUCAGCCUGAAACUCCUCCUCAGCAGCGGAGAGAAGGUCAAGGCGCCCGCGACGUUUGCGACGGUGUGCGAGGCGGCGCUGCCAAACUCGGGGCUGCUGAUCGACUUUGCCGUCAUCAUCAACUGCGUGGGGUGCGCCGCCUCGUACCUCAUCGUCGCCGCCGACUGCUUCUCCGCGCUGGGCUUCCCGCGCAAGACGUGCGUCCUCGUCGCCAUCCUCGCCGUCUCGCCCGCGUCGCUCUUCCGCAACCUCGACACCCUCAAGGCGUCGUCGUCGGUGGCGAUCUGCUGCCUCAUCGGGAUCGUGCUGAUGGUGGUCGUGAUGGGGGUCGUCCCCACCGGCUCCGCCUUCGACCCGUGCCCCGGCGUCUCGGCCAAGGUCGGCCCUCACGGCCACUGCGGAGGCCCCGUCACCUGGGGCUCGACGGCGCCGAUGCGCGUCUUCUGCACGCUCCCGCUCUUCGUCAACGCGUACACGUGCCAGCAGAACGUGUACAAUGCCGUCGGCGAGCUCGCCAACCCGACAGCCGCGCGGAAGGCGCAGGUGGUCUACGGCUCGCCGCUGCUGCCGUUGCUGCUCUACCUCGUGAUCGCCUCGUGCGGCUACUUGACCUUUGGCGACAACGUCACCUCAAACAUCAUCAACGCCUACCCGGUCACGCCGUACGUCUCUGCGGCGCGCACCGUGCUUGGCAUCGUCGCACUCCGCCUCUCCCAGCCCUACUUUGAGUACGAGCACCGCGAGUCGCAGGCCCACCGCAAAGGCGUCGGCCGCAUCACGGUCGGCGUGCUCUUCCUCACCGGCUUCACCGCCUUCAGCGUGACCGACCUGGGCGCGAUCGUGUCGCUGGUCGGCUCGACCGGCGCCACCAUGAUCGCCCUCAUCGCCCCGGCGGCGGCGCAUUUGCUGCUCACCCGCUCCGAGCCGUGGGACGGCGUCAAGUACGCCGCCGCCGGCAUGCUCAUCCUCGGCCUGCUGAUCCUCCCCUCCAAGCUCUUUUGCGAGUGA